AUGCUUGAACAGGAAUUAGCAUAUCUACCUGAGGAUGUUCGUGAACAGCUAGCGAUUCUUGAAUUGGAACUGAGCGAAGGUGACAUCACUCAAAAGGGCUACGAAAAGAAGCGAAAUUUGAUUCUAGCAAAGUACAACAAAGGGUGCAGCGCAGGUCCUGGUCAAUCGAAAGGAAGCCCAGGUUCACGUGCCCAUCGACAGCACCAGCGACGCCUCACACGGGAUGAGUCACGUUUUCACUCCGAAAUCCGAGCCGAAGCUGUGCAGCAAGCACUUGCCGAAUACUCCCAAGGUUAUAAAGUGCGUCCUGGUAUCGUUCAACCAAUCAAGCGCCCCACGGAAACGCGUAGGCGUGUGACCGCUGAUAACGCUAGAUUAUUUCGUCAGCUCAAAUUCGUUGCAGACUCGUCUUCCGAUGAUGACGACAGCCUUGUGGGUUCAUUAAAGCGGAAAACUCAGCCAUCAGGAAAGCAAAUUUCUGAAUCAGGUGUUCCAAGAAACGGAAACUCAAAGUGCGUUGCACCACCGGAUGUCACAGGAGGUGCUGCUGUGGAAGCGAUGCUCCGAAGAGUGCGGGAAGAACACGAAAUCAAGCUAAGAAACCAACGAGAAGCAGAAUCUCAGCCAAAGCCCACAACACCGCGGUCCCAUGACAAGGGUGGAGAUAGAAAGUCGAUCAUCAAGUUGGAGAUCAAGAAAGAAAGCGAUGAGGAUGCUGACAAGGUUACGCGUUUGAUCGAUGAGGUCGUCUAUGUGAACCAGGAAUGCGUAAAACCAACCGAUGGUCGUACAACUCCACCCAAUGCGAAUUACCAGAAUGCCGUUUUUUUGCAAAAGAAGCUACCGAAGCUGUCACAAAAGCUCCAACAAGUGGUUAACUGCCUUCAGGUAUCCCAUAAUCAAGCUGUGGUAGAAACUGUUGCUCGAUUCGGUUUGUUUAUUUGCGAAGACCUGUUGCAACGAUAUUUUCCUACCUUAUGGCUUAUCACUUAUUUGAGUUUCGCCCUUUUGAAGUGA